GAAAGCACAAAGGGAAACCUAGAUCUUAUAAAAUGGACAUUUUCUUGUAUUAGAUCAUAGCAACAGUAAGAGACAGAAAAUGAAGCUGGCUGUACUGAGCUAUUUACUGGCUUGUUUCUUCACACAAGCCUGGGCAGUAAACAGAGAAUACUACAUUGGAAUUCUAGAAACCAAUUGGAAUUACGCACCAGGAACAAAGGACAACAUUUCUGGAAAGUUAUUUUUGGAAGAAGAGCAUGCUAGUGUCUUUGUACAGCAAGGCCCGGACCGGAUAGGGAGCACAUAUAAAAAAGCUGUAUAUGUACAAUUCACAGAUGACUCCUAUAAAACGACUGUUGAAAAACCUCCCUGGUUGGGUUUUCUAGGCCCUGUUCUCAAAGCAGAAGUUGGAGACAGCUUUACUGUUCACUUGAAAAAUUUUGCUACAAGGGCCUACACUCUUCAUCCCCAUGGGGUCAAAUACACAAAGGAAAAUGAAGGUGCUCUUUAUCCUGACAUGACCACAGGAUUGCAAAAGAAAGAUGAUAUUGUGCAACCAGGAGAACAGUAUGUUUAUACCUGGGAGGUAACCGAAGAUCAUGGCCCAGCAGAGGGUGAUAAUAAUUGUGUCACCAGGAUUUAUCACUCCCAUAUUGAUGCCCCAAAGGAUAUUGCUUCUGGGCUUAUUGGACCUUUGAUCAUUUGCAGGAAAGGUACACUGCAGAAUGGAAAAGAUAAAGAUGUUGACCGAGAAUUUAUUUUGAUGUUCGCUGUGAUGGAUGAAAACUUCAGCUGGUACUUGGAUGAGAAUAUCAGGAAAUACUGCUCUGAACCUGAUAAAGUUGACAAAGAGAAUGAGGACUUCCAAGAAAGCAAUAAAAUGCACUCAAUCAAUGGAUAUAUGUAUGGAUAUCUUCCCAGUCUCACGAUGUGUACACAGGAUAAGGUGAAGUGGUACCUUUUUGGUGUUGGUAAUGAAGCUGAUAUUCAUUCUGCGUAUUUUCAUGGACAAAUCUUGAUAGAAAGGAAACAUCGAGUUGACACCAUCAGCCUCUUUCCAGCUACUUUUGCAGAUGCUCUCAUGGUGCCAGAGAAUGAUGGGGAAUGGCUGCUGAGCUGUCAAGUCAAUGAUCAUAUAGAAGGUGGCAUGCAGGCUAUUUUUGAGGUGAAAAACUGCAAGCAUCACACUCCUGCCCCCAAGAGCACUAAAGUAAGACACUAUUACAUUGCAGCAGAGGAAGUUACAUGGAACUAUGCCCCAUCUGGAUUAAAUAACUUUACAGGGGAAGAAGUAAUUCAUGAUGAGGAUGCCAAGACCUUUUUUGAACAAGGUGACAAAAGAAUUGGUGGAAUUUAUAAGAAAGCUCUCUUUUCUGAGUAUGUUGACGAUGCGUUCACAACACGCCAGAGGAGGCUGCUUAGCGAGGAACAUCUUGGACUUUUAGGACCCAUAAUUAGAGCAGAGGUUGGUGAGACUAUCCAGGUGACCUUCCGAAACAAGGCCAGUAUUCCUUUCAGUAUUCAGCCACAUGGUUUGAGCUUCAGCAAGGACAAUGAGGGUUCUUUCUUCAGUACCAAUUCUGGAGGCAGUGCAAGACCAUCCUCUCAUGUAAAUCCUGGAAACACAUUCAUUUAUGAGUGGGAGGUGCCAGAGGCUGUAGGUCCUACUCCAGAAGAUCCAGAUUGUCUAACUCGGAUGUAUUAUUCAGCAUCAGAUCCCAUCAAGGACACCAGUGCUGGUUUGGUGGGCCCACUUUUGGUAUGCAGGAAAGGGGCUUUGCUUCCCUCAGGGAGACAGAAGAAUGUAGACAAGGAAUACUUCCUCCUUGCAACUGUAUUUGAUGAGAAUCUGAGCUGGUAUUUGAAUGAAAAUAUUAAGCUCUUCACAAAAAAACCUAAUGAGGUUGACACGGAGGAUGAAAAUUUCCAGGAAUCCAAUAUGAUGCAUUCCAUUAAUGGAUACAUGUAUGGAAACUUGAAAGGCCUUGAGAUGUGUAGUGGAGAAACUGUUUCUUGGCAUUUGAUUGGCUUGGGCUCAGAGGUCGACAUCCAUGGCAUACAUUUUUCAGGAAAUACUUUUAUAACUCAAGGGACAAGGAAGGAUACAACCAAUCUAUUUCCUCACACCUCUGUCACAGCUGUUAUGAAGCCUGACUCAGAAGGGAUCUUUGAGGUGUCGUGCCUGACAACAGAUCAUUAUACAGCGGGUAUGAGGCAGAAAUAUGAAGUAAGCAGGUGUGAUUCAUCACCAGAGGAAAAUGUGGGGUAUCUCCAUGAAAAAACCUACUAUAUUGCAGCUAUAGAGAUUGAAUGGGACUAUUCCCCCAACAGAACAUGGGAGCAUGAGAAGCAUGAAUUCCAUGGUGAAAGUCCAGGAAAUACAUUCUUAAACAAAGAAGAUAAGUUUAUUGGCUCGAAAUACAAAAAAGCCGUUUAUCGUGAAUAUACUGAUAAAACAUUUAGCAAGCCCAAAGAAAGGAAAGAAAAGGAAGAACAUUUGGGGAUUUUAGGUCCCCUCCUUGUUGCAGAUGUUAGGGAUAAAAUUAAAAUUGUUUUUAAAAACAUGGCUUCUAGACCUUAUUCUAUACAUGCACAAGGAGUGAAAACGGAUUCUCCAACUGUAGUGGAAACCAGUCCAGGAACAAUAACAGAGUAUGUUUGGAAAAUACCAAAAAGAUCUGGUCCAGAGAAAGGGGAGUCGGACUGUAUCCCUUGGGCAUAUUACUCAACAGUGGACCAAGUUAAAGACACAUACAGUGGAUUAAUAGGGACACUCUUAGUUUGUAGCAGAAAACAUUUGUUUAUGCAACCAUCUCCAAAAAGGGUGGAGUUUGCUCUUCUUUUUAUGGUGUCUGAUGAAAAUGAGUCUUGGUACCUGGAUGAGAAUAUCAAGACCUAUUCUCCUAAUCCAGAAGCCGUGAACAAAGAAGAUGAAGAAUUUAUUGAAAGCAAUAAAAUGCAUGCCAUUAAUGGAAGAGUGUUUGGGAACUUGCAUGGUCUUACGAUGCACGUCGGAGAUAAUGUUGUUUGGUACUUGCUGGGAAUGGGGAAUGAGGUUGAUAUGCACACAGCCCAUUUCCAUGGCCACAGCUUCAAUUAUAAGCAAACCAGAACCUUCCGGAAUGAUGUUUUUGAUCUCUUUCCUGGGACUUUCCAAACUGUUGAAAUGUUUCCAAACAAUCCUGGGACUUGGUUACUCCAUUGUCAUGUGACUGACCAUAUUCAUGCUGGCAUGGAAACUACCUACACAGUGCUCCCCAGAGAAGACUCUGACAUAGAACAAGUGAAGAGCAAGUGAAGGUGUCCAUUGUGAGCACUCUCAUGACUGAAAAACAUCAGGUGAACAAACCUGUUCUAUUAAACAAGCUUCUCAAUACUUAAUCCCAAAUGGAUUUUUAUUCUGCAGCAAGCAUGAUGACCACAACAAAACCUUCUGGAUUUCCCAGCAAGUUUUACUCUCUCUUUUUUAGUAACUCUGCAAUACUUAUCUUAAAUAAAUAUUUUAAAUGUCUUCUCUAAAAAAUAAACUAGAUUUUAAGAUUC